GAUAAAUGUCAUGUUUAGAGCAGAUUGGAAUUUGUUAUCAAAUAUACAACUUUACACAACCUUUUCCUGACUUUUGUUGGUGAAACUACAGCCUGCCAUAACCAGAGGAAGCUUCUGCUUCAGUCGAGCCUACUCAAACAUGAGUGGGUUUUACAGAAAUCUGACAUGUGUUUCAGAUGCACGGCUAAAAAAAAAAGUUGCAGAGGGAUUAAAUGUCUGGUGGGCAUUUUACUAAAUAUAUCUUGACAGGAACCUGAAGAAAAAAAACUUUGAUUUAACAAAAAAGUUAUGCCUCACGAGAUUUAAAUGACACCAUGGUGGACGAAAGCUCCACCACGGUGUGUUAGAAUCCCUUCAGUUCAGAUGUGAAGCUCUUAAAAAAAAAAGCGUUUCUUUUCGUCUCCUCCUCCUCCUCCUCCUCCUCCUCCCUCCCGUUGUGAUCACAUUCAGUUCAUAUACUUGUGUCAGAGCGCUGCUGCCUGUCAGCUCCCAUCACAGCGAGCCGAAUCAUUAAUAACAGCAGCAGGGAGGUUUUCAGACAGGAAGAGCGGCGGUGUGACGUCAGCGCUCUCCUGCAGGUCAGGUUGUUGAAUCCCGGGAGAGCUUCAUUUGAGUGUGAGGCUGAAGGAACUCCUGCUAUCGCUUUGCGUAGAGCUUCGUCUGGCAUCUCUAACAGUUGUGACAGCAAAUCAAGAAGCAGAGAACUGGGGACAUAUUACUGACGAUCAGAGUUUACACCUUAUGUUUGAUAUGUAUAGAAAUCUUCUUUGAAAAUGGGCUUUAGAGAUGUGAACCUCUCUGAAGAUAGACAACCUAAACUUCUUGCUUCUUGAGGAAACGCAUCACCAGCUGCCACAAAGUCCACAAGCAUAGAACAUCUAUACACCAAAUACAAAAAAACCUGUACUCAACAACAAUUAUCCAUUUCUCAACACAAGUUAUCCAUUUCUGCAAGUUUAUUAUGACACAAAGCGGACAUUAAUGUCACUCAAGUUUGGAAAUCAGUUUAUAAAAGUGAUUUGAAGUCAUUUUGAAAGUGUUCAACGUUGGCAUUUACUCUCUAAAACAUGAAGAAAAAACAACUAAAAAUCAGUAAUAUUUCAACUAUUACAUAACCCCUUAGACUUGUUGGUUCUGACCUGUUAGCAUUCGUUGUUUCUCUAAACACACGUGCAUUUCCCGUGCUGUUGUCCCAUCACACCAUACCGCUCUGCUCCGGACACUUAAAGGGCCAUUCCACUAAUCCUAAUCCUGAGCUUUUAAAAGCUUCUGUAAUGGAGAUCUUCCUGCGCGCGGCGCCUCGGGGCCGCUACCUCCACAGCGCUUUUAUUCCCGAGAUCACAUCUCUGGUUUCAACCUCAGACACUCUGGAGACCCAGAAACACAUCAGAUCUAAUGCCUUUCGGCUUCUGCAACAGAAACACCAGGGAACAGAAAAGAUGGCGUCUCAUUGAGCCUCACCGAGAGGGAUGUUCACAGUAUUGAGACUCAAGGUGGAGGAGCAGAGGAAGAAUUUAUCAUGAGGCAACAACAAGAAGAGUUGAGAGUGAAGCGUGUGUGUGUGUGCGUGUGUGUGUGUGUGUGUGUGCGUGCGCUCGCAGGCCCGAAGGCUGAUGAGUUGAUAGGUUAAGCCUGAGUUUAAAACUGUGUGCAGAUCCUCCAUCUUGGCUCAGAUGGUGGAUUCUUUUCUGCUUUCAGAGUCUCGGAAGUCUUCACUGAGACUCCAACGGGUCACAAACUGAAAACGUCUUGUGCACAGCUGUUUCCGUCGGACUCUGACGGUCUAAUUAGUGAUGCUGUAAACAUUUAGAAGACCGAUUUUAAAACGUCUUUGUGGAUAUUUGUUGAUCUCAAGCUCCAUAUACUUUUUUCUUUUCGAUGAAACAUUUGCCCUUUUUUUGCCCUCCCUGUUUGGUUGUCUUGUGUCGUCUGAGAGCGAGGACGUCUCUGGAAAGAGAGGCCAUCUCGGUCGGUCCUCACAGUUGAGGCUUCAUGGGGUUUCAGAGUUAGGCUUUGAGUUAUGUUUAGGCUGAGGUUAGUCCUCUGUUGGUUCUUGGGCGAGACAUCCUCCUUUGUCAAUAAUCUCCAGUCAUCUUCCAUUAUUUAUUGUAUUUGGGAAGCAUGAGCGAGAGAGAGAGAGAGAGUAGAACGUUAGAGAGCGAGGGAGGCAAGUAGGAGCAUGCCGGACACACUCACACAAAAGCCAAACACAUACGCUCAUUUAGAUUCUCCACAGCAAAACACGUUCGGAAAAAUCAAUUCAUGAGCAUUUCUUCAAAUUUAAUAAAGUGUUUGAUUUAUAACCUUCACAAAUGUCUCCGCGUCAUGACUCACAGGGCAGAGGAUGAAGCCUCCCAGAAGAACUUUCUGAAUUUGAUGAAAUCAAAUCAAAAUCCAGUAUAUUUUCCGGUUUAUUGACUUUCCUGUGACCCCUGACCUUUGACCUACUGACUCCCGCAUGCUCACAUGUUACUUUUACCCCGGGAAAAAAAUUAUUUUCAUGUUGUGAAAAAUCCCCCUUUUCUAUCCGUCAAACAUGUCUGACUCCCCCAGACGAGCUGCACUCCCCUCACCGCGGGACGAUUCAGGUGUGUGUGAAGAUGUCGGCCAUCUUAUCAGGCCGCCGAUCAGCCGGUGAAGUGUGUGUGUGUGUGCAGAGAGUAGAAAGUGCUGUAAUGUAAACACUGGAUGAACUGCGGCGGCUGUCAGCCCGAGGCGACGCGGCCCCGUCUGAAGGCUUCACUUUGAUCCCGGUCCUGCUGAAUACAAAUGUUUGAAGCUGUGGCUUUGAUAAGGGACUCAGACACUCGCGCGGUGUCUCCUCUCCGAGUUGUGACGGUGUCCAAUGGGAGCUGGGGCGUCUCUGCCACCGAACACUGGUGGUGUCCCUGAACCUCUCGCCGUGGCCUCGGGGCUGACAUACCUGACGGAGGGAAAUGACUCCGCUCCACUUCCUACCUGCGUAUGUGUGUUGGCGUAGGAAGUAGCAUUCUUUGUUUACUGUGAUGUGGGAGUAAACAAAGGAGAGAGGAAGUGUCCUUUAUGUGAGGGACGGGUUUCCAUCCAGCCCUGCAGUGCAGUGCGCACGCACACACACACACACACACACACACACACACACACACCCAUAGCAAGACCACCUGUUACACAAACACACACACAGAGGAGUGUCCUCAGGCUACAAUUACAGAUCACACACACACACACACACACACACAACAAUUGUUGCAAUGAUUCCAAUCAGCACUGAGUUGAAUCAGUUAAGGUGUGUGUGUGUGUGUGUGUGUGUGUUUUACGAGCUGAGAUGACGUUCACAGUGAACCACAAGGUAAGUAUCUCUUCCCCUUGCGGUUUGAAUUUGUGUGGGAAUGUGAUUGAAGUGUGUUUGUGUGUGUGUGUGUGUGUGUGCAAAGAAAGACGUACAGUCAUGUUAGAAGUAACGCGUCUCUUGUUUUGAAGGGGAAAAACUUUAUAAAAUCAAUGUCAGAAUUCAGUUACAGCGACAGCAACAGCAUUUCUGCAGCAAACUUUUAUUGCAAAAAGAUAUAGUAUACAAAAAUAGUAUACAAUAUGAAUAAUCUGGUGGUAAAAUGCACCUGUUUUAUAAAACACUGUUCUAUAACUCAAUGUGCCCACUCCCGGGUUUGACUCGUUUCCUCUGUGUCCAUCAGCGUUGCCCUGUGAGCUGGAUCCAACAGCUUCAUGCUCCACCAGGUAAAGUAAGUAUAACAAGUUAUAUUUCACCCACAGUCGGACUAAAUGAAAGUGUAAAUGAUUCAGAUGAUUUACAUCUGUAUUACAUUUAAGAUUCAGUGUGAGAUUCAGUAUGAGAGGGCGGAGUCAAGAGGGCACACGCACACAUUUUUGCUGUGCGUGCGUGUGUGUGUGUGUGUGUGUGUCAGGUGUUGAUGGACCGAGUGUGACACUGUGGUCCAGACGUGAAGCUUUUUGCCGUCAGGUCUCGGUCCACCAUCUGCUUCCUGCCGCUGCUCGCUCCGGGACCCCGAGCAGGAGGCGGGGAGACGCAUAAGGGUGGAAGUGAAGGAAUCGAAGGACACGUGUAAAGUGUGUGAGAGUUUGUGAGCGUCGGGUGUGAUGUGGAAAUAAAGUUAACUGUUUAGUUUAUUUACACAGUGAUGAACACCAUUUGUCAAACUCCUGAUCAAAAGACUGAGUUCACACUGAGCUCUAAAUCUGAAGACGUUGUGUUUGUGAGACAAAGACUCACGGUCUCCCUCUCUCUCUCUCUCUCUCUUUCUCUCUCUCUCUCUCAGCAGUGUGUCCUCCUCCCUCUCCUCCCUAAUCCAUUUAUCACUUACAGUAGGAAGCAACCUGCCAGCAGUGAAUUAUCUGCUCCACCCCCGACCAGCACACACACACACACACACACACACACACACACAUUUUCCUCAGUAAAAAUGUGUCAGUAGUAAAGUAACAAAGAAACAAGUUGAUGCUGAAUUACGCUGACUGUUGCACAAUAUGAAAUAAUGAAUCAGAGGGAUGGUUUGUGAAUGAACACCUGAACUCCACCGACAUACACACACACACAAACACACAUACUUGGACUAACACACACUCACGUCCAACAAAACCUGUAACACACACACACUAAUUUCUGGUUGCUCUCCAAUUGCUGCCCCAGUGACUUCUGACCUCCAUCCAUCAACCGAGGUGCUACCUGCCCUGCAGCUCUGUGUGUGUGUUUCCUGCGUUUUUACAAUGGAUUCUCUCCAAGGAUUAGGGUAAAAUAUUUUCUUCAAACAUAAUGACGUUAUAAUUUAUAGAAUUGUCAGUUUAAUAUUUUGGGGGUGUUGAACUGUUGGUCCGACCAAACGAGACAUUUGAAGAUGGAAAAUGGUGUUGAGCAUUUGUCAUGUUGUAAUUUUUUUAAAUAAUAAUCAGAUUAAUUGAUAGUGAAUAAUUAACACUUUCAGCUCGAGAAGAAAUUGAAUAAUUUAAUUGUUUAAAUCUUGUAUUAUCUGUUCACCUGUCUGUUCCUCACACUGAAGUUCCAGCACAUAGACACUGUUGAAGAAUCCAUCAGUUCAACCCAGCCACGACCUCUGCUUCACCUUCACUGUCCUCACGACCAGCCAGCCGCUGCUCUGUGGACAUGUUUAUGCCUAUGUCCUGAUAUGGAAGAGUCACGACCAGGUUCCAGCCUCCAGAUUCACUUAAAAUGAGACAUUACAGGAAAUAAAUUGACAUUACAGAGGACCAUUAUUCCCAAAUAAACCGGGCUAAAUAUGUGUUAUGCCUAUAUCGGCUAUAACGACCAAAAUCAAUUCUCUUCCGACCCACACACUUUGUCUUUCUUACUCUUUGGAGUCUCUUCUGGCCGUACAUUUUUUCAUUUUAUAACUGAUCCAUUUCUGAGUCCCUGCAUCUGGCUGAACGUUAGCUAGCUAACAGCUAACAGCGGCAACGCACCAUGCGGCGAUGUUCAACAUUUGAUUGGUCAUUAAAAUGAUUUUAAUUCAACGUUUUUCUAAACUAAUGUGUUCUUAAGCGCAUUUAGAUAUUAAAACCACUAGCUUUGUGUAUUACCAAAUAAUGUUUUUAAAUGUAAUUUAAACAAAGGGCAGUAGCUCCGCGACCCACCAGAUGGCGCUCUGAGGCCCAGUGUGCAGUCCGGAUGAAGAGGAAAAAAAACCUCCAGCGACACAAUCGAAUUUACUCAAGAUGCACAAUCCCGAUGGAUCACUUUGUUCCCGUGGCGACGUAGAUGAGCUGUUUGAUUGCGCAAUGUUAAAACUCGUGGAAACGUUUGACUCAUUUAGUAUGUUUCGGACUUUCUGGAUCAUAUUUUACAGUCUCAAUUGUACGAGUAACAACACGCCCACACUGAUAUCACUGUGUGUGUGUGUGUGAGUGGGUGUUCGGUUAACCACUCUAUCCUAUCCUGUCACUCUGCUUUUGAUUGAAGCUGAGAGCUGUAAUUAUACUGUCUGGCCCAUAACCACCUGUAGUGUAGUGUAGUGUGUGUGUGUGCCUUUGAAACCCUCCUACCUUCUAAACCACGGCGUCGCACUAAGAUCACACACACCUGCAAGUGUAACACCUCUUCAGAGACCGGCACGUUAUCCUGAAUACUUUUUACGCGUCAUCUUCUCCGCAGGAAUGUUCAGCGUGUCGGCUGAUCACCGACAUUGCUAAAGACUUUUUAACUGAACGCUCAAUGCAAUUCCAGCGCGUGGUGUCAUUGAUGCCCUCCCAAUGGGGGCCGGCGCUCUGCUCCCGGAGGCCCCGCUGAAGAAUCUGCAUGAUUUUGUCGCAUUUUGUGCGUAAACCGACCCAAACAUCAAUAAUAACUCUAGAAAAUCAUCUCACUGAUGGUCUUGUUUACUUAUAAAGUUCAUGUCUUGGCAUCGGUAUUCCAUUGAAGCUUUUUCAUUACAAAAGUUCCUUACCGGCAGGAAUUUUACACACAAGCAAAAUAUUCUAAAUAUGUUCCUUUUUGAUGGAAAAUGCAAGAAACACAAUGUAAGCGUUGAUAUUUCUCACUCGCUUGAUUGUGAGGUCGUCCUACCGGCUGCUCUUUUUCCUCAAAACCGUCUCCGCGGCAUAGAUUGUGCCUGUUAAAGGAGAUUAAAUUGUGAAGGAGCAGACUGAUGUGUUAUCAAUACAUGAAUUGGAUAGUUAGAUUAAGUGUAUGAUCCGGUGUCAGGUAGGACGGAGCACCGGCUCGGCUCAGACUGACACAAACAGAUGAGACGAGCAGCAGGGAAACAGCAGCAACAAUGAGGGAGCUAAACACACGCGGAGCUGCCCCUCCUAAUGCCCUCCAUGGUAAUUGUAUUGGCUGUGAGUGUGUGUGUGUGUGUGUGUGUGUGCGCUCUCCCCUGCUAGGUGAGGGAGGGUCGCGAUCACUAUGAAAAGAGAGGAGGAAGGACGUUGGGCCCGGAAGAAUAAAAGCUGAUUUAAUGAGAAAGUAAAAAAAACCUCAGAGACUCUUAAUGUACUGGAACACUUGUCCUGCUUGAUGGAUGGCAGAGGAAUGAGGGUGUGUGUGUGUGUGUGUUUUAAAGUAACUGCUAUAUAAUCUGAUGGCUAAAUUAUCUGUCAUAAGCCAUUGUUGUUGUUUCUUGUCUUUACUUUUCAUAUAAAUAAGAGGAAACACUUUCCUGAACAAUUUUGGCAAAGAAACUUCCUUCUUUCUCUUUUUUGGUUCAGUCUUGUUCUUCUAAGCUCAACACACGUGAACCUGAUGAAAUUAAAUGAGCAGACACUAUUCUCUCUCUCUCUCUCUCUCUCUCUCUAGGUGCCGUCAGCUGAUUGUUCGCACCUGAGAACUGAGACAUCGAUCUCAUUGGCUCGUUUAAAACAAUGAUAGCAAGGGACACUUUGCUUUUUUUCGCCUGACUAUUGUUACGUAUAUUUGUAAUGUGUGUGUGUGUCUGUAAGUCAAUGUAUAAUGUUACAUACCUGAAUUUGAAUAAAUACAACAUGUUCACAUGUCUAUAUUUUAACCGUGCCAAAGUGCGAUACAAACAAAUCACCAAAAUUGCAGAUUAUAUUGUUUCAUUUCUUUAGCUUAAUGAAAUAACAUUAUCACAGACUCCCGACCGUCUGUUCAUACAACAGCCACUACAGCUGUACUUUUGAAGGGAUAUAAGUCCCACCGUAGUUACAGUGGAUGCCCUCGUGGGACCGGGAGGCGUCUGGGUAAAAGCCUCCAGUGAAAUGUAACGUUUGAGUCGGAGCUCGGCCUCGAUCACCUCUGGCUCCGCGCCGCUGUAACACGAUUAAGAAUCAGGUUGAUGAAUCAUCUGUCGGAUAAAGUUAAAAGGGGCAUUAUAUACCAGGGUAGGAAAUCACUCACGCACACACACACACACACACACGCAAUAUGUUACAGUGAUCAAUUAAUCAAGUGUGGUCAAAGAAACUGAGUCAAAGUAAAAGGAAAGAAAGUAAAUGACCAAGAUGGAAAUCUAGAGGACAAAAGAAAGUGAAAUUCAGAGAAUGAACCGAACAGAGAGAAAGAGAGGGAGGAGCAAAAAGAGAAAGAGAUUGAAAUGAUCAGGCGGGUUCUUUACGUAUUCAAACCUCAAGACAAACAAAAACAGUGCCGAUCGGACAUUUUCUUUCUGUUGUUCGGACUGUAGAUGUUGGGUCGGCUGUCUGAGGAGCAUGAGGUCAAAGUUCAAACCAAAAGAAAACUCCGGUGACCUUCCCGCUGAAUGGAUUCUGCCGCAGUCGGACGCAGCUCGUGACACAGCUUGUGUCCGACGUGCCCGAUCAGCAUCGACCCCCCCUGGAGUCGACACUUUAAAUCUGUCCCUCUCACCGAGAUGAUGCCACCCACCCACCCUGAACAUCUGUGCUCUCCUUGUUUCCCCCUUACAGGUGCUCGGCUGCACUUCUUUCCUCUCUCCUUUGCCAAGACAGAGGAGCCUUAACCCUUGUUUACUUUACGCAGCUAUGUACCUAUAAAUAUGAUCACCUGAACCUUCGUCAGCAUUGAGGUCAAUCUGUAGACCAGGGGUGUCAAACUCAUGUUCCCCGUGGGACACGUCAGCAUCAUGGCUGCCCUCUUAAAGGGCCGGAAACACUUUAUUCUCCUCGAAUAUAUUGUUAAAUAACUCUCUUUGCAUUUGAUUAUUGUUUAUUUAAGUGUAGAAAUAUUGUACAUACGUAAAUUUCUCUAAUAUUAUAACUAAAAUCCAUUUAAUCUUAAACCUUUAAAAUAAAAGCACAGGAUAUUUGUCAGCCCGCGGGCCUUGUGUUUGACACCUGUGAUGUAGACGAACAAAAGGCACGAAUGGAAAAUGACAACUCAGAGUUAUUUAUCAUAUUCUUGACGACACUCAUAAGGUCCAAAUUAAACAGCAACAUGUCCCCCAGUUGAACAAAGCAAACAAAACAAGAAGAAUAAAAUGAUGGAAAAAUAUAUCGAUAUUUUUUUCAAAUUUUAACAUUAUGCAUUCAUAUUAUAUCGUUGUUAAUACGGUGGGUUUUCUGCUCAUUUGCUUAUCUAAUUUAAUAUUUUUAUCAUCACAUGAUAAGUGUAAAACAAAUCAGAAAAUUAAAAAAAACAGAAAAUACAGCCUAAUCAUCCAAAUUAUCUAUACUUUGUCUGUUUUGUGUUUCUUUCUUUUGUUCAUUUAAUGACUAAACUUUCAGUGAUAUUUAUGUAUAUUCAGAAGAAGACAAGUCACCACAUUAGUGCAAACGGCAACACGCCGAGCCUUCAGAAAGAAGAAAGAGAAAAUGAAAAAAAGUUUCUCCGAUGGAAAAAAGACCCUUGCCUCCAAAGUGCUAACACCUCCUCUGAAGCUCAGGGCCUCGUGGGGGUAUCGGGACGGGUCUGACGGGGUCACGAAACUCACUCAACGCGCAGACAACCGGGUCAACUUUCAGUUCAGAAGUGGAGAUAAAAGACGUGGAGAGAGAUCCACCUGUAGAGGUUGAUGAAGCCGAGCGCUCCCCUGGAGGUGAGUGUUUUCGCACCGAGCCGCUCGGAUCUGAGCACUGAGCCGGGGCAAAGCAGAGUAAUUGUCUCUUUCCUCCUUAACAGGAUUAGAGGCCAGCGGUGUGGCGGGUUCAGCCCACCGGUCAACCAUGCCGACCGGAGAAGGCCGCCAGCUGGACGAGCGCUGGCGUUAGCCGGGGUCACCGAGCUCCUCCGCGGUUCUGGACGUCUGAGAGAGAGAGAGAGAGGGUCCGCAGCCUGGUACCUGCCGCCUCCUUUGCCCUGACCUCGGCCCUCGCUGCCUCCCUGCUGUGGUAUCCCAGAGGCCCCCCGGGGGGCAGCAGGCUCCUUCUUUCCCCCUCCAGCCCCCCCCCCCUCCACAGGAAAGCCCCCAGACUGCCACCAAAUACCUCCACAGAUUCUUCCUGUGGCUCAGAUGCGGCGGGAGGCCCCUCGCGGCUUGUACGCCUUCACUUCCACCGCAGGGCCUCGGAAAUACCUGAGAGCCUGAGUGAGGUCGGCGUUUAUCUGCGGUGCUCGGACCACGAUUCCCUGCCAAGAGGUGCAAACCACAGAUGUUCCCACUGAGAUACUGAUGUUAUCUGUUCUAGGAUGCAAUCCUGCACACAAACCAUUUCAGACCGGGAGGGGGGGGGGGGGGGGGGUUGUUUUAUGAACAGCUAAAACAGGUUUUCUGUUAUUAAUCCAAACAAAGCAUCAGCUGCUGCAGUCAACAUUAAUUACACCUUUAUGUAUGUAAAGCUCAAGCACUAUCAUCAAACACACAUCCAUCAUACUACACCUGUCGUAACUGCACCCCCGGGCGGAGGCUCACAUGGUAUGUUCUGGCUAAUUGCCCACAAGGUAAUGAUGAUAAUGAUGAGAUGUUCACAGUGACCUGAUGUGUCUAUUUGGAAAGUCUGAAGAACGCCGCUCUGAAGUUACAGCUGGUUAUCGGGCGCCAUCGAGUGGUCAGAAGUGGACGUUGCACAACUUCCAGCAUUUAAAACGUUUAGUUUUCUGAUAAAUCAGAUAAAAUAUUUGCAACUAAAUGUCCUUCACUGAAGCAUAUGUUCCCCAGCUUUAAUUAGUUAAUAUGCGAUCCAUCAGAUAUAUUAAAGCUCCACCAAUAGCAGAUGAGGAGAGGAACACUGUCACAUGAAGGAGAUACAAUGAAGGUUUCUACCAUCAGCCUUAAAGCUAUUUUGGACAGGAAGCUUUUUUAAGUCAAGUGGACGAUCAGAGGAUUCGGAAAGAUGUUCAGCUCAACUUUAAUGAAAGUGUCUCAUGCGUUUUUGAAAUAAUAUAACCGUAUAACCUUUAGAGUACGGUUGACAAUGCUUUGUCAUAAAAUAAAUUUCCUUUUUUGAAGUUGUAGCAUGAAAACAAAUGCGUUUGCUUCUUCUUCCAUCCUGAAAUGUGUCAAUCUAUGGCUACAAAUGACUCAAUAGCUGGAUGAAACUUUAUUCUGGAGACAUUUUUGAUAUUCUGAGAAUGCUCUAUUAAAUCCUCCCCCCUUUGCUGAUGGAUUUAUCCUCGAGUUACAAGAUGCCCUCACUUUUUCAAGCUCAACUGACACCUACACUUGAUUCGUUGAUGAUGUUUAGAUUUGUUUUAAACAUGUUCUUCUCUCCAACUCUAUGGAGCUGUGGGGAAUACGUGAAAAGAGAAUAACUACAAGUAUAUGUUUUAUAUUAUGCAAUAUAGAUCCAUCCCUAAACGCUGUUCACUCUCAGCCGACACCAGCAGAGGGCCUCAUAGCGACCCCAGAAUGAUCAGAAGUUCAGAAGAACAAUGCUUGUAAUGGUCUUAAUCAGGGGUGUCAAACUCAUGUUCACCGUGGGCCUAAUCAGCGUCAUGGCCGCCCUCUUAAAGGGCCGGAAACACUUUAUAAACUCCUCGAUGAUAUUGUUAAAUAACUCUCUUUGCAUUUGAUUAUUGUUUAUUUGAGUGUAGAAAUAUUAUACAUUAGAAAAUGUAUUUAAUAUUACAACAUGAAUCCAUUUAAUCCUCAACUUUCAAAAUAAAAGCAUAUAUACAUACACAUUUUUCUACCAAGCAGAGAUGACCAUUCUGUGUAAUAUUAUCUAACAUUAUUGUUUUUUUAUGAGAAUGUGCUAGAACUAGAAAAUGACACUUCUCUUUAAUUACAAUAAUGUAAUGUAAAAUACACGUUGGCCAUUAAGAUGUCAUUUAAGGGAUGAUUCUGCAUCUGUGAGAGGAAUGGGACACUCGCAUCCCUCAAUUAAGGAUGUUCUGUUGAUAAUAUAUAGAUGGUUAAUGAGUUUUUUUUUUUUUACUUCACCACAACAUCAACAACAGGCUUGAAUGUGCGUCACUGAGCUGUCCAGUGUACUGAAGUGUUAUGUUGUGCUUAUUUGUGUGUAUGUGUGUGUAUUCAAAAGUGGGAUAUGAAUAGUGUGGACAGGGUUGCAGCCAUUACUGCAUGCUUCGUAUUCCAACUGUUUAUGAAAACAAAUUAUCUAAAUACUCUGUUUGUAUGUCAUACUAUUAGAUAAUCCAGAGUAUGGUGUGUGUGUGUGUGUGUGUGUGUUUGUGUGUUGCUUUUAUUAUUAUCGUAAAUAUUAUAGUAAUUAUUCUGGAUUGUUAUUUUUUUUAAACCUGUUGAUUGCAUGAUAUUUGGAUACCCUAAUGACAUCAUCCUCAGUGUUCCUGGUAAAGAACAGCACACCAUUUUAGAUUGAGUUAAAAUAAUAGUAAAGUAAAUAAUUCUAUUGUCAUAUUUGUCUUCUUUUUUAAUUUAUUCUAAGUCACUUAUUUAUUUCUCACAGAGAAGCGCACGAGAACAAACACACAAAGGCUAUGUGCCUCACGCUGAGUCCCUCGGCCAUAAAUCGUGAUUAUGUCAUAAAUCAGACAUUACAUUUUUAUAAAUGAUAUACAUAUUUCUGGACUCGACGCUGCACUGGACGGCACCAACGUGCUAAGGAGGGAGCGAUCCCCGCAGAGGGUUCCACCACCUGACGGUGAGUCUGAGCUUCACACCAACAGAGGUGAGUCGGUGCGAGUCAGACCGGGACCGAAGACCGGGACAGAGACCGGGACAGAGACCCCUUCAGUCCCUGUGGAGACAUCUACCGUCGAUAGGAUUUAUAUUUUAAAAAGAAGAAAAUCUCUAUAAUUAUAACAUUUUCUGAGGAUAAAUACGCGCGGAUCUCUCUUCUGUUUGUUUUUUUGCGCUUCAGACAAAAGGAUCUGAGUUUUUUGUUUUUAAAGAAGAAAGUCACAUGCAGGAUUUUAUUAUUGUAGACACUUUAUCUUACUGUUUUUUUAUUCUUCACUGAGAGAUCAGAGGAUGCUUUGUGCGUCCGGAGCAGCUGGACAGAAGCGAAGCGGAUAUUAAUAACCACCUGUUACAACUUUUGGGGGAGAAAAAAAACAUGGAGAACUACUCGACGUGGAGUAAUUUCACCCAAGUUCUGUCGGAUCUGGACGGGACGGGCGAGGAGGAGGAGGAGGCGGAGGAGGGCGGCGGCGGGAGCGGUGGUACCAACGGGGGACUGCGCGUCCUCGUCGGCUGCGUCCUCUUCCUGCUCAUCGUGUCCACGCUGCUCGGGAACACGCUGGUGUGCGCCGCCGUGGUCCGGUUCCGCCACCUGCGCUCCAAGGUCACCAACUUCUUCGUCAUCUCGCUGGCCGUGUCCGACCUGUUCGUGGCCGUGCUGGUGAUGCCCUGGGAGGCCAUCACCGAGGUGACCGGCACGUGGCUGUUCGGACGCUUUUGCGGGGUCUGGAUCGCCUUCGACAUCAUGUGCUCCACAGCCUCCAUCCUGAACCUGUGCAUCAUCAGCGUGGACCGCUACUGGGCCAUCGCCAGCCCCUUCAAGUACGAGCGGAAGAUGACUCACCGCGUGGCGUUCGUCAUGAUCGGCGUGGCGUGGUCGCUGUCCAUCCUGAUCUCCUUCAUCCCGGUGCAGCUCAACUGGCAUCAGGUCGGGGAAGAGGAGCAGGAAGGAGAGGCGAUGGCGGACGUGAUGGAGAUGAUGGUGGCCAGUGGCAGGAAUUUCACCAACAGCAGCAACCUCAACGCCAGCACGGGCGCCAAGAGCUGCAUUGCCAACCUGAACAAAACCUACGCCAUCUCCUCCUCCCUCAUCAGCUUCUACUUCCCAGUGGUGAUCAUGAUCGCCACCUACACCCGGAUCUACAGGAUCGCCCAGACGCAAAUACGCCGGAUCACAUCAUUGGAGAGGGCGGCGGAGCAGGCCCAGAACCAAGGCCACGCAGGGAACCGGAACCAGCAGCAUCAGCAGCAGCCGCACAGGCCCAACGAGGAGGCCUCGCUGAAGUCGGCGUUUAAGAAGGAGACCAAAGUCCUGAAGACGCUCUCCAUCAUCAUGGGCGUGUUCGUCUGCUGCUGGCUGCCGUUCUUCGUCCUCAACUGCACGGUGCCGUUCUGCGACCCGCCCUGCGUCAGCGACACCACCUUCAGCGUCUUCGUCUGGUUCGGCUGGGCCAACUCCUCCCUCAACCCGGUCAUUUACGCGUUCAACGCAGACUUCCGCCGGGCCUUCGCCACCAUUCUGGGCUGCAACCAGAUGUGCCCCAACAACGCGGUGGAAGCCGUGAACUUCAGCGACGAGCUGGCGUCCUACCACCACGACACGACGCUCCACAAGGAGACGCUGGUGCCCGCGCAGCCGCAGCAGCAUCACCAACAGCGCACCAUCAACGUCGGGUCCGACCACCUGGAGGACAUGAGCCCCCAGUUUGACGAGGAGUCGAUCGUCUCCAACGGUUCCCGGAGCCACGACGGACUGCCGCUGCUUCCCGCCACCGUCCAGCUGGAGGACGAGCCGGAGAUCUCCCUGGAGACGAUCACGGCGUUCACGUCGGUGGCGGCGGGGCUCGAGAGCGACGCUCUGCUACCGGGACAAGUCCACCAGGAAGUGCAUGGAGCUGGCAGCCAUAACCAAACAGGAAGUUAUGCUGUGUUGCUUUCAGAAUAAAGGCGUACGCUUGACGAAAUAUCGAAACAUCGCAGGACUCUACAGCCCAGCUACUCAUAAAUAUCUGGUGAAACACACCACACCUCGGCUGUAAAGCAUAAGCUUCAGAUAAUAUGCCGACAUCACACUUUACAGAUUGUUUUCCGUGUGACUGCUGGAUCGUUCUGUUCAGUUUUCGUGUUUGCGCUUGUUUAAAUGGACGUAGAUUUAGUUUGAUUUCAUUAGACCGA